AAAGUAAUAAAUCACAAUAAUAAAUCGUCGGUCUGUGAGCUUUUUCAAACUUAUCAUGGAUUAGUCUUGUUCUGAAUAACACUCAAAAUUUUGUGUUUUAUGUUUUCGAUCUUUUGUAUUGUCAAUUUUUCAUGUAAAAAACCAACUAGUAUCAAUGACUCGAGUUACUAGGAUCAUUUGUUUGACAACAUGGCAGCAAAGUUGUUUUGAUUAUGAGGUAUCGUGUUCAAAUUAUCACUGUCAAGAACCAGUUGAUCCCGAUAAUUCGAGUUGUUGGGAGAGUAACCAUAAUGAAUCUUAUACCACACACUAACACACCCUCUCAAAUGAAAGCCAGACAACUCAUAAGUAGGGCUGAAAAUUUGUCUGUCCCCUCCCUGUCCCUGUCAGACCCGUCCCUGAAGGAUCAAGAUGUAUAACCGUCCCAUCCCGUCCCUGUCUCCUUCUUGGUCUGACCCUCAAGGGUUGGGACAGGACGGGCCGGGUCAGUGGGUCGAUCCUAAUCAACACACUACUUUUUUACAAAUUACGUUUUGGUACCCAAAAUUAUUUUUUCUUACAAUUUAGUACCUAAAUAUUGUUUUUUUUACAAAUAAGUCCAUAAAUUUUGAUGGUAAAAUUACUUUUUGGCACCAAAUUUUUUUUAUUUUUACAAAUUAGUACCUUAACUUUUAAAACUUUACAAAAGGUCCAAUGAAGUAUGAGAUAUUUGUUGUUGCUAAGGGUCACAGGGUCAAAACGUGACCCGUCCCUAAGUUGUCCCGACCCGUCCCGACCCUUACAGGGUCAACAAAUGACACGUCCCUAAUCUGUCCCUGUAGACAAACUGACCCGUCCCGACCCUUAGGGACGGGUCGGGACGGGUCAGUGGGUCUUCCGGGACAAGCUUUCACCUCUACUCAUAAGGGUUUUCAUUUGCACAGGUCUGAAUACAAGAAUACCAUGUGUUUCACAAAUGGGGUCACCGGGAUUCGAACACAAGACCUUUCGGUCAAAGAAGGCUCUUAUACCAUGUCAAGAACCAGUUGAUCACAAUAACUCGAGUUGUUGGGAGAGGUUCCAUAAUGGAUCUUAUACCACACACUAACAAUCAUGAUCCUCAAUAUUGACCAUUGUCUUAAAGCACAUGAUACGACGGGCAGUGGUGGAGCCAGAAAAUUAGUCAAUGGGGGGUGUUUUUUCCAUACCACAAAAAAAUCAAAUGCAUAAUAGAAAAUAAAAUCUAUAUGAAAUAAAACGUCAUCAAAACAAUAAUGAAGAUUCGCAAUAAUAGUUCAACGCAUGUCACUCACAAACGAACCAAGGAAUUUCAUAUUAUUAAAAGCAUUAUAAAAUACAUUUCAUGUACAAAGUAACACACAGUUCUUGUUCAAUAUAUGUCACUAACGAAUCCUUCAUUUAGUUAUUGUGACGGUAGAAUUUAGUAAAUAUUCUAGGCGUCCAUUUGAGAAGGCAGAAGCUAUUUAAGGAGUGCUUCUCCUCACUUGUAAAUACAUUCAUAAACCAUCCAAGUGUUGGGUAACACAACUCUAACGAGAGCUCUCUCCAUUCUAGUGAGUCGAGCGAGUGUGAGUGUAAUUUGACUUAAUUCUCUAACGUUGCUUAAGUGCUGAAACCACUUGAAAAGAUUUUAGUCUCUGACAAAACUCGCAAGGCAAAAAGUAGACAACUCCAUCAGUUUCUCCUUUUGCAAUUGAGUUUUGUGGAUUUAAACAAGUCAUAGAUGACAACAAGUGGCAAUUGAGUUUUGAGGAUUUAAAUAAUUGUUUAAAUAAAAGUGUAUUGUUGUUAAUUGGUACAACACAAAACGUCUCCGGUGUAGAUGGUUAGAUGGGUGGUAUGGGAUUAACAAGUAAAGGCUCAAUUAUCUUGCAAUUGUUUUCUCCAAGGGGCUGCACGCACCCCAACUCUCUGAGUGGCUCUGCCAUUGACGACGGGCUUGUCCCUACUUCAAAUCUAUGAGUUGACUUUUAUAUGAGGGGUCAUGUAAAGGAAGUGGUUAAGAUUCCUGCAUUGGCAUCUUCGAACAACUCGAGUUAUUGGGACAUGUUGGUUAUUUUAAGGUCACGUGUUUAAGUUCUCAAGGACUCCAACAUUAAUAGUUGAUUUAAAACACAUGAUAUGAUGGGUCUGUGUAAAAUUUCAGCAAAUGAAUUGGAUUUGGUACAUGUACGGAAAUGGUUACUAGAGUUAUUUCUUCAUUCCCUAUCUCAAUUUGGAGUUAUCAACUGAGAUUCUUCGCCUAGGUAUUUUAGUCAGGUUGUAUUCAAUUUAUCGCUCCACAAUUUCAGUGAAUCAACCAGUGUUAUUAAAGUUGAGCCGAGCCGCUCGGCUCGACCGGUAAAACCGCCACCCGAUCAUAAAACCGGCUCGAAACAGUCUAAAAGCCGCUCCGGUUUAUGUAGCGGUUGGCGAGCGGCCGAGGCGGUUAACCGUUCGAGCAGAUUGAGCCGCUGGUCCGGUUUUUGCCAUUCAGCCACUAAAUUUAAUUAAAAAAAUUGCAGAAAAUUGAAAAUUGAAAUAAACAAAAAACGUAGGGCUCUCAAACUGAAUCCUUAUUUCCAUUUCACAGUUUCGAAGGAAAGAGAUGAACUCUGAUUAAUAAAUGUCCACUAUUUAUACUGAUAACGUUUAUUAGGUACCGGUUCUCUAACGGUUUUAAACGGUCUAAUGUCGGUUGGACCACUAAAGUGCGAGCCGUUCGCAUUACCGGGUCAUGCUCCGGUUCGGUUAUGACAGGAAUCAACACCAAACUGAAUAUGAUAACCCACCUCUAGAUUAGUCGUGUGGUUUCUGUACUUGGUGAUCUAAGAGCCAAAGAGACUAUUUCUAGUCAAAUCUUCGAUUUCCAACGAAACCUAAGACUAGCCUUCUUGGCUUAUCUUGGAAGAAGAAAAAAACGAAACCUAAGACUAGGCAUGCACUCCCGGUUUUAAGAAUAAUCAAGAAAGAAGACAUUAUUAUAUAGAUAUAAACUCAAUCAAUUAUAUAAUUGCAUUGAAUUGAAAUUUUGGAACCCCUCUGGCUCUGGGUUCCUAUUUAUCACUAAAACAAAGAUUUUGAGUUGGGUGAGGGUUUUUUUUUUUUUUUACAACCCACUUCUUCUGAUUUGCUUCUCCACUUUGUAUAGGAGCUUUUGUCACAUGUAAGGUUACUUCACCGAUGAUAGCAUCAAUUCUUGCUCCAUCAAUGGCGAGGAAUGGCCUUCGAAAGAGGAUUAAAUACUCUUUGCUUGUAUCCAUGUCGAUCACAAGGUAGUCUGGGAAGAAAAUGAGCGGAUCAACUUGGGUGCUUAAGCCUCAAACGACUCCAAGGGCUCUGCAACAGGUGUUGUUGGCUAACGGGAUCUGUACAUUGGCAUACUCCAUGUUAGCUAUUCUCAUCUAUUCAGAUUUAUGCAGUGGUAGCUUGUACACUCUUAAGCCAAGGUCACUAGACCUUUCUCCAUGUGACGGUCAUCCAAGAGACAUUUGCUGAUGAUAUGCCCGGAAUGCUCCUUUACUUCAUUGAUUGGGAUGAAUUAUUUGUAAUCCCAAGGGGUAUUCUUGAUCGUGUUCUCCUUUUCUUUGAGCCUAUAAUCUUCCUCCAUGAAAAUUUCAAGCUUUCCUUUAAGAUCCCUCCAUAGAAAUCAUCUCCCCCUAUAUUGGCACUGCCACUUCUGCUCCUCCAAAAGAUUAUAUCAAAAUUCUAAAGAUGGAUGGAUACUCAGCUCUUUUCUUCUCUUCUUCCUUUUUCAUGCUUGGAAAACUUAUGGUUGCUCCCAUCCGUGUUGAGAUGACUCUGACUUCCUCCUUCUUUGGAUUAUUUUCUAUAUUGCUCACCUUGCCACUUCUCGCACGUCACGAGUACUGAUGGCGUUCGUAGCUCUGCCUUUUUUGUGAUCGCUGUAAUGUCACAGUCACUCCAGCAUAUGGACAAUUUUUUGUGAACCAACGUCAUUUUAAAAGAAAAAAAUUCACCCAAAAUUUAAGAGAGAAAAAUAUAUGGCUCUUACCAUGAACUGAUAAGAGUUAGUUUAAUUAAUAUUUUUUAUGGUUACAACUAUUCAUUUGACUUAUAUCUAAUAUAAUAUAGGGCUAAUACCAUUAUAACACCCGAACUAUUGCAAAAAUGUCACUUUAUAUCAUGAAGUAUUUUUCUGUUAAAGUUGACUCGUUUUGACCGUUAGUUUUUAACAAAAAGUCCAGUCAGCGUUGAUGUGGCACAUGACGUGGAAUUUAAAUUUAUUUAAUAAAAAAAUCAUUAAACACUAUUACAGAAAAAAUUAUAUAAAAAUCAAAACAUCAAAAAUCAAAAUAAAAAGCUUCAUCUCGCUCAUUGCUUUUGAGUUGGGUGAGGGUUUUUUUUUUUUUUUACAACCCACUUCUUCUGAUUUGCUUCUCCACUUUGUAUAGGAGCUUUUGUCACAUGUAAGGUUACUUCACCGAUGAUAGCAUCAAUUCUUGCUCCAUCAAUGGCGAGGAAUGGCCUUCGAAAGAGGAUUAAAUACUCUUUGCUUGUAUCCAUGUCGAUCACAAGGUAGUCUGGGAAGAAAAUGAGCGGAUCAACUUGGGUGCUUAAGCCUCAAACGACUCCAAGGGCUCUGCAACAGGUGUUGUUGGCUAACGGGAUCUGUACAUUGGCAUACUCCAUGUUAGCUAUUCUCAUCUAUUCAGAUUUAUGCAGUGGUAGCUUGUACACUCUUAAGCCAAGGUCACUAGACCUUUCUCCAUGUGACGGUCAUCCAAGAGACAUUUGCUGAUGAUAUGCCCGGAAUGCUCCUUUACUUCAUUGAUUGGGAUGAAUUAUUUGUAAUCCCAAGGGGUAUUCUUGAUCGUGUUCUCCUUUUCUUUGAGCCUAUAAUCUUCCUCCAUGAAAAUUUCAAGCUUUCCUUUAAGAUCCCUCCAUAGAAAUCAUCUCCCCCUAUAUUGGCACUGCCACUUCUGCUCCUCCAAAAGAUUAUAUCAAAAUUCUAAAGAUGGAUGGAUACUCAGCUCUUUUCUUCUCUUCUUCCUUUUUCAUGCUUGGAAAACUUAUGGUUGCUCCCAUCCGUGUUGAGAUGACUCUGACUUCCUCCUUCUUUGGAUUAUUUUCUAUAUUGCUCACCUUGCCACUUCUCGCACGUCACGAGUACUGAUGGCGUUCGUAGCUCUGCCUUUUUUGUGAUCGCUGUAAUGUCACAGUCACUCCAGCAUAUGGACAAUUUUUUGUGAACCAACGUCAUUUUAAAAGAAAAAAAUUCACCCAAAAUUUAAGAGAGAAAAAUAUAUGGCUCUUACCAUGAACUGAUAAGAGUUAGUUUAAUUAAUAUUUUUUAUGGUUACAACUAUUCAUUUGACUUAUAUCUAAUAUAAUAUAGGGCUAAUACCAUUAUAACACCCGAACUAUUGCAAAAAUGUCACUUUAUAUCAUGAAGUAUUUUUCUGUUAAAGUUGACUCGUUUUGACCGUUAGUUUUUAACAAAAAGUCCAGUCAGCG